GGCGCGGCCCGCGGGUGGCGGCGCAGGCGCGGCGGGACGCGGUUUGUCUCCUGCCGGCGCUGGUAGCGGCGCCCCCGCCCGCGCUUCCUGCCCGCAGCGAAUGGAACCCGCGGCGCCCGCGACUAUACUGUAAAACCUUAGAUCGGUGAGAAUGCACCAUGGCAAUGGUCCUCAGAAUGCCCAGCGCCAGCUGCAGAGAUCCAGGUCCUUCACGGGCAGUGAGGGAGAAGAACAACAGGCCAAUUUACCCCAGUCCCCCGCUGCCUCCUUCGCGCCUUCCGCGAGCCCCUCGGCGCCGCAGUCGCCCAGUUACCAGAUCCAGCAGUUCAUCAUGAGCCGGAGCCCCGUGGCCGGGCAGAACGUGAACAUCACCCUGCAGAACGUGGGCCCGGUGGCCUCGGGCAACCAGCAGAUCACACUCACCCCGCUGCCGCUGCCAAACCCGACGUCCCCGAGCUUUCAGUUCAGCCCCCAGCAGAGGCGCUUUGAGCAUGGCUCCCCCUCGUACAUCCAGGUCACCUCCCCGCUGCCCCAGCAGGUGCAGUCCCAGAGCCCCACUCAGCCCAACCCGGUGCCGGUGCAGGCGCUGUCCAACGUCCGCGCGGGCACCCCCGGGCCCGGCCUGGGCAUGUGCAGCCAGAGCCCCACCAGAGGCUUUGUGGAUGCCAGCGUGCUGGUGAGACAGAUCAGCCUGAGCCCUUCCAACGGCGGGCACUUCGUGUACCAAGAAGGACCGGGGAUUGCACAGAUUGCUCAAGGAGCUGCUGCACAAGUGCAGCUGCCAUCGUCCGGCCCGCCCGGCACCGUGAGGGAACGCCGGCUCUCGCAGCCGCACUCGCAGUCUGGGGGCACCAUCCACCACCUCGGCCCUCAGAGCCCCGUGGCCAGCGGGGCAAAUAUGCAAUCUUUGACUAGCCCGGGCCACAUCACAACGACCAACUUGCCACCCCAAAUCAGCAAUAUUAUCCAGGGGCAGCUAAUGCAACAGCAGCAGCAAGUUCUACAAGGGCAGCAGCUGAGUAGACCCAUUGGAUUUGACAGGACUUCUGGUGGAUUGAUAGCAGGAGUUGGAGGACCGAGCGCGUUUGGAAUGACAUCACCUCCUCCUCCCACGAGUCCUUCACGGGCCACUGUGCCACAGGGGCUGUCGAGUCUUCCUCUCACUCCUACAGCUAACACAGCAGUGAAGAAACAGCCCAAAAAGUUGGAGGAGAUUCCUCCUGCCAACCAAGAAACUGCUCAAAUGAGAAAACUAUGUUUGGAUCAUCACCACAAGCAGAUGGAAAUUCUUAAGGAAACUUUUAAGGAAUGUUUGAUUGAACUGUUUUUCCUGCAACAUCUUCAAGGAAAUAUGAUGGACUUUUUAGCUUUUAAGAAGAAACAUUGUGUUCCUCUGCAAGCAUACCUGAGGCAAAAUGACUUGGAUCUGGAGGAGGAAGAAGAGGAAGAACAAUCUGAGGUCAUCAAUGAUGAGGUAAAGGUUGUGACAGGAAAGGAUGGGCAGACUGGUACUCCUGUCGCUAUAGCAACCCAGCUUCCUCCAAAUGUUUCUGCUGCUUUUUCAUCCCAGCAGCAACCAUUUCAGCAAACGCAUACAGGGACUCCGGCGCCGGGGACUGUGAGCACCAUAGAGAUUGAAGCUUUUAAGAGACAGCAGCAGGCCCUUGCACCAGCAGAUUCGUCUAAGAGACCACGAAUUGAAGUGGGCCGUCAUGGGAUGGUUUUUCAGCACCCGGGUGUGGCUUCAGGAGUUCCUCUUCAACAGCUAAUGCCAACGGCACAAGGAGGGAUGCCUCCCACUCCGCAGACGGUGCAGCUGACGGGGCAGAAGCAGAGCCAGCAGCAGUACGACCCCUCCAAGGGCCCCCCGGUGCAGAACGCGGCCAGCCUGCACACGCCGCCGCCGCAGCUGCCCGUGCGCCUGCAGCCCGCCAACGUCCCCAUGGCGUCACUGCCCGCCACCCUGCAGCUCCCGCAGCAGCAGCCCCAGCUGGUGGAGCCUCCAGCCCAGCCCCAGAUCCAGGUGAAGAUCCAGCCCCAGAGCGUGCCCCUGACGGCCGCCCCGCUUCCAGCGCCGCUGCAGCAGCAGGUGCCACCGACGAUCCACGUGCAGGGACAGGCGCCCAGCCAAGUGUCACAGCCACAAGCUGCCAUACAGCAGCAGACUGUGACUCUGACACGGCCAUCUGCAGAUCCUGCUCAGAGUUCUCAGCGUCUUGCAGCAAAUCCACUGCCACCUACCUCAUCCACUGCUCCAGCAGCGAUCCCAGGCACAACACCGCCUUCUCCAUACCCUGUGCAAACAAACAGGACCUCUCCAGCCACCACCAAGUCCUUGUCUCCUAUUGCAUCCAAGCCUCCUGGCUUAGCAGUAGCAGCAGCAGCACCUAAAACACAAAGUCCAGCUCAGAAUGCAGCGGUGUUGCCACAGGAGAACUCUCAAGACAAGCUUGCUGAGCAAGUCAAGCUGGAAAAUCAAAUCCACCAGCGGAUAGCAGAACUGAGAAAGGAAGGUUUGUGGUCCCCCAGGCGGCUGCCUAAACUCCAAGAGGCUCCAAGACCAAAAUCCCACUGGGAUUAUUUGCUGGAAGAAAUGCAGUGGAUGGCAACUGAUUUUGCCCAGGAGAGAAAGUGGAAGAUGGCAACUGCUAAGAAGAUGGUAAGAACUGUGGCUCGUUACCAUGAGGAAAAGAAACUUAACGAAGAGCGAGCUAAAAGGGAGGAACAGAACAAACUGAGGAGGAUUGCAGCAUCCAUUGCUAGAGAAAUAGAGUAUUUCUGGUCUAACAUUGAGCAGGUUGUUGAAAUUAAACUGCAAAUUGAAUUUCAAGAGAAAAGGAAAAAAGCUUUGAAUUUAAAGAGAUUUUCAAGGAAAGGUAAGGAUGCAAAAGAAGACCUUUAUUUGGAAAAAGAAAGUGAAAUGGGGGGUUCAUCAUCUGGAAGGAAAAGAAAGGCAAGCACAUCUUUGACUGAUGAGGAAGUUGAAGAUGAAGAAGAAACAAUUGAAGAACAAGAAGCUAAAGAGGGAAACAUAAACCAUCAAACUGAAUUGUCUAAUCUAGCCAAAGAAGCUGAAUUGCCUCUGGAAGAUUUGGUAAAGAUGUAUGAAGGUGCCUUUGCAGAAAAUUUUCACUGGCCCCAGCCAAAGCCUGACAGUGAAGAGGAGAGCAGUGAGGAAGAAAUGGAAGACCACAUGUCUGAUAGGGAAAGUCCCCAGAAAGAAGUUGUCCUCAUAGAUUCCCUUCUCACCAUUGAUCAGUACAAGGGCAUGGACAGGUCGAGUCCUCCCAAGAAGAACGUGAGAGACAUAGCAGAAGUUGCUGCUGCAGCAGAGAUGUUGUUACCUAAAGGCAGCUCCAGGAUAACAACAGCAGUAAAAUACAACACUCCAUCACUACUGUAUGGGUCUCUCAGAGAAUAUCAGAAGAUUGGGCUGGAUUGGCUGGCAAAGCUGUACAGGAAGAAUCUCAAUGGCAUCCUGGCAGAUGAGGCAGGGCUUGGAAAAACAGUGCAAAUUAUUGCCUUUUUUGCCCAUUUGGCUUGUAAUGAAGGGAACUGGGGCCCUCACCUUGUUGUUGUCCGGAGCUGUAACAUACUGAAGUGGGAGCUGGAAUUGAAACGCUGGUGCCCAGGGUUGAAAAUACUUCUCUACUUUGGGAGCCAAAGAGAACUUAGGGCAAAAAGACAGGAAUGGACAGAACCCAACAGCUUCAAUGUGUGCAUCACUUCAUACAAGCAGCUGUUCAAGGGCCACACAGCAUUCAUGAAAAUGAGAUGGAAAUAUUUAAUAGUAGAUGAGAUGCAGCAAAUAAAGAAUAUGACUGAGAAACACUGGGAGGCACUUUUCAAUCUCCGCAGCCAGCAUCGUUUGCUUCUGAUAGACACUCCUUUGCAUAACACAUUGAUGGAGCUGUGGACCAUGGUACAUUUUUUGAUUCCAGGAAUUUCCAGACCUUACCUGGAUUUUCCAGUAAAAGCACCUAAUGAGGAGAACCAGGAUUAUUGCCAUAAACUGGUCAUCAGGUUGCACAGAAUGAUUCAGCCAUUUAUUUUGAGGAGAUCAAAGAGGGAUGUUGAGAAGCAGCUCACAAAGAAGUACGAGCACGUGCUCAAGUGCCGUCUGUCCAGUCGACAAAAAGCCAUGUAUGAGGAUGUCAUACUGCAACCAGGAACCCAGGAAGCCCUCAAAAGUGGGCACUUCAUCAGUGUCCUGCAUGUCCUGAUGCAGCUGCAGCGGAUUUGUAACCACCCUGAUCUGAUAAACCCCCGGCUCUCAAGCUCCUCUUAUGUAUCAGAAACCCUGGAAUACAGAACAGCCUCUCUGGUGCUGCGAGCCCUGGAAAGGGAUAUUUGGAAGGAAUCAGACCUGUCUCUUUUUGAUCUCAUUGGAAUGGAAGACAAAAUGACUCAUUAUGAAGCACAAAUGUUGCCAAAACAAAAGGUUACUAGAAAGUUGAUUGAAGAAAUCUACAGCUCCCCUCCACCACCAGCGAGGCCCAACCCAGUGAAGCUCAAACCAAGCAGGUUGUUCCAGCCCGUUCAGUAUGGUCAGAAGCCGGAGGGCAGGACUGUGGUUUUCCCAAGCACUCAAGUGCAGCGCACGGUGACCACGGCAACGGUGACUCAGCAGGGACAAGUUCGAGGCAGAUCCCCCAUAGCCACGGUGUCUUCAAAUCAAGCUGCAGCAGCACAGUUUCAGACAACUCAGGCUUCCACCAGUGCUCCAAGACACCAGCCUGCAGCGACCUUCACCACAGCAACUAGCGCAGCCAACCCUGUGAAACCGCGGGGCCAGAGCGCGGCGCCGGCCCCGCAGCCGGGCCAGCCCCAGGCACAGCCACAGCCCCCCCCGCACACCAUCCAACAGAGUGUGCUGCCUCAGAGGCUCGUACUGACCUCUCAGGCCCAGGCACGGUUGCCUAGUGGUGAGGUAGUAAAAAUAGCCCAGCUGGCUUCUAUAGCAGGAGCACAAGGCAGGAUUGCUCAGCCAGAGACCCCAGUGACUCUGCAGUUCCAAGGGAACAAGUUCACCUUGUCACACAGCCAGCUCCGCCAGCUCACGGCAGGGCAGCCUCUGCAGCUACAAGGAAGUGUCCUUCAGAUUGUGUCAGCCCCUGGGCAGCAGUACCUGAGGCCUCAGGGCCCCGUGGUCAUGCAGACAGUUUCCCAAGCAGGAACAGUGCAGAAUGCCCUGAAUGCUUUAGGAAACCAGCACCAGGCAGGUGGCCCAGCUUCCACUGCAGUCACACAGCAAGUUUGUAUUCCAGGGAGAGCUGCAGUUACUAACUUGCCAUCUGGUGACAUGGGAGCAGUGUUAAAACCAGCACCUUUGCAUGGACAGUCACAGGAGACGUUUGAGGAGAAGAACCGGCUCUUGAAGGAGCGCCUGGACAGGAUCUUCUCGGGCAACGAACGCCGCUGCUCACGGGCGCCGGUGUACGGCCGGGAUGUGCUGAGAGUUUGCUCCCUGGCUGGGGACACAAAGGCCUCCCAGCUGCCUUCCAGUCAGGCCAACAGCUGGAGGUGGGCUGGCUUUGUCAACUGCUGCCUUUCCACAAGUGCCUGCGGAGGCCCAAGUAACCCCUUGAGGGAAAUGAUCCUGGGGUUGGUUCAGCAGCAGGAAUCUCUAAAGGAUCUUGUUGACAGGGCUCUCUUCGUGUUGCCAGCUGCAGUUGCUGCUCCCCCAUGUUUCUAUGUAGCAAAUCCUCCCCCUUCAUACAGUCACAGACUGAAACUCCUGAAGCACAGCCUGAGGCAGAAGGCAGCUCCACACUUGCAUCAGUUGCAGCAGCUGACAACUCCUCACUUGCUGCAGUUCCCUGACCUCCGGCUGGUGCAGUAUGACUCAGGAAAAUUAGAAGCUCUUGCUGUGUUGCUUCAGAAAUUGAAAUCUGAAGGGCGCCGUGUGCUGAUUUUGUCGCAGAUGAUUCUGAUGCUGGACAUACUGGAGCUGUUCCUGAAUUUCCAUUUCCUCACCUUUGUGAGGAUUGAUGAAUAUGCCAACCAGGAGCAACGGCAGGAGCUGAUGAAGAUUUUCAACAGAGACAAGCGCAUUUUCUGCGCCAUCCUCUCCUCUCACAGCCGUUCCACAGGAGUCAAUCUUGUUGAGGCAGACACUGUUGUGUUCUAUGACAAUGAUCUGAACCCAGUGAUGGAUGCAAAAGCUCAGGAGUGGUGUGACAGAAUUGGGAGAUGCAAAGAUAUCCAUAUAUACAGGCUUGUCAGUGGUAAUUCUGUGGAAGAGAAACUUUUGAAAAAUGGCACAAAGGACUUGAUCAGAGAAGUGGCUGCUCAGGGAAAUGACUAUUCAAUGGCCUUUUUAACACAGCAAACAAUUCAGGAAUUGUUUGAGGUUCAUUCUCCUAUGGAGGAUUCUGGAUUUAGAGUGAAAGCAGAAGAAUUUGUAGUACUUUCUCAAGAGCCAUCUCCAGCAGAAAAUAUUUCACCUAAAGUUGCAAGACCAUUCAUAGAGGCCCUCAACAGCAUUGAACGAGAGGAUGAGGAGUCAAAUGAUCACAUACAAGGAAAAGGAUCUGAGUCAAGCAUUGAACCUUUAAUCUCAGAGCUCUGUGAGACAAAAUACAUUGAAGAGCCCUCACAGCUGCAGGAGUUAGUUGCUGUUGUGGAUCAGCUGACUCCAAUUGAGAAGUAUGCUUUGAAUUAUCUGGAGCUCUUCCACGGUUCAGUUGAUGACAAUGAGCCACGGUUGAGUGAGAUGGAACUGAAAACUGCAAAGAAAGCCUGGGAAGUCCAGCAUAUGAAGGAGUUAAAGGAAAGAGAGCAAAAAAUGCUUUGGGAGGAUGAAGAGGAGCUUCUUACCUACACUCGGGAGGAUGCGUACAACAAAGAAUAUGUCUAUGAAGGUCCAGAUGGACAAACUGAAAUUAUGCCACUCUGGACUCCUCCUACUCCACCUCAGGAUGAUAAUGAUAUCUACAUAGAUUCUGUUAUGUGCCUGAUGUAUGAUACCACCCCUAUUCCAGAGUCAAAACUGCCUCCAGUUUAUGUCAGGAAGGAGCGUAAACGACACAAAACAGAUCCCUCUGCAGCAGGUAGAAAGAAGAAGCAACGCCAUGGGGAGACAGUUAUCCCACCUCGUUCACUCUUUGAUAGAGCAACUCCAGGAAUGUUGAAAAUGCGCCGGGAGGGCAAAGAGCAAAAGAAGAACAUCUUGUUGAAACAACAGACACAGUUUGCAAAGCCUUUGCCAACUCUUGUCAAACCAGCUACUGAGGCUGGGCAGGAUAAUCCAGAGUGGUUGAUCAGUGAAGACUGGGCACUUCUGCAGGCAGUGAAGCAGCUGCUGGAGCUUCCUUUAAACCUUGCUGUUGUGUCACCAGCACACACUCCCAACUGGGACCUGGUCAGUGAUGUUGUUAACUCCUGCAGCAGAGUCUAUCGCUCGCCCAAGCAGUGCCGCAACCGAUACGAGAAUGUCAUAAUCCCAAGGGAGGAAGGAAAGCUAAUGUACGAAGCUAAUCCUAAAAAGAAGACAAAAAGUAUUUAUAAGACUAAAAACAGUCGCCCACUUCGUACCAAUCAGAUCUAUGCUCAAGAUGAGGGUGCAACCCACACACAGCUUUAUACUAAUCAUUUUGAGAUGAUGAAAAUGAUUGCAGGGAAAAGAAGUCCACCUAUCAAACCUCUACUCGGCAUGAAUCCUUUCCAGAAGAAUCCAAAGCAUGCAUCGGUGCUUUCUGAAAGUGGAAUCAACUAUGAUAAGCCCCUCCCUCCGAUUCAAGUCGCGUCCCUCCGAGCAGAACGCAUUGCCAAAGAGAAAAAGGCGCUGGCAGAGCAGCAGAGGGCCCAGCAGCAGACGGGCCCCCAGCCCCAGCAGCCCCAGGCAGGCCAGCAGCCCCCACAGCAGCCCCCCGUGCAGCAGGCCCAGGCCCAGCCACAGGCACAGGCACAAGCACAGGUAGUUCAGCAGCCACAGGCAGUGGUGCAGACUGCAGUCACUACUGUGGCCAACACAGCAGUAUUGGCAGGCACCAUCAAAACAGCAGUGACGGGGACAAGCAUCCAGACUGCUACAGUGAGUGGAAAUGUGAUUGUGAACACUGUUGCUGGGGUCCCUGCUGCCACCUUCCAGCCCAUCAAUAAACGUCUGGCCUCACCUGUCAUACCUGGGACGCUGACUACCUCGGGAGGCACGGCCACUGCCCAGGUGGUUCACAGCCAGCCCCGCGCGGCCGCGGCGCCCGCAGCCUCCACCGAGCUGGUGACCAUCGCCUCCACGCAGGGCGUGCGCGCCGUGACGUCGGUGACAGCCUCAGCCGUGGUCACCACCAACCUCACCCCUGUGCAGACCCAGACAAGGUCUUUGGUGACCCAGGUGACACCAGCUACACCAACAGUCCAGCUGUCAGGCAAAACCAUCACCCCUGCUCACUUCCAGCUGCUCAGGCAACAGCAGCAGCAGGCUGCUCAGGUGCAGGUCCCACAGAUCCAGGCUCAGGCACAAGCCCAGUCUCCAGCUCAAAUAAAAACUGUAGGGAAAUUAUCACAGGAGCAACUGAUCAAGUUGCAGAAGCAGAAGCUGCAGCUCCCCCAGCAGCAGGCAGCACAGCAGACACAGCAAGGGGCACAGCAGCAAACAGCACAAGUACAAGUGCAGCAGCAGCAGCAAACCCAGCAGCUCACUGCUGUGACAGCCCCUCGUCCUGGCGCUGUUCUCACGGGCACCACGGUCACCAACCUGCAAGUGGCACGCCUGACUCGUGUUCCUGCUUCCCAGCUCCAAGCACAAGGACAGAUCCAGGCCCAGACUCCACAAGCAGCACAGGUUGCUCUGGCAAAGCCUCCAGUGGUGUCUGUUCCAGCUGCUGUUGUGUCAUCUGCAGGAGUCACCACACUCCCUGUGACUGUGGCAGGCAUUAGUGUUGCCAUUGGGCAGCCACAGAAAGCAGCAGGAGGCCAGACCGUAGUUGCACAGCCACUGCAUGUCCAGCAGCUGCUGAAACUCAAGCACCACCAAGCAGCACAGCAGCAGAAGGCCAUCCAACCCCAGGUUGCACAGGGACAAGCUACUGUGCAGCAAAAGAUAAAUGCUCAACAGGUCACAGUCCAGACCCAACAGCAGACUUCACAGCAGCAAAAAGUAACUUAUGCUACACAGCCUGCCAUUAAAACCCAGUUCUUAACAACUCCAAUUUCCCAAACCCAGAAACCAGGUGGAACCCAGCAAGUGCAGGCCCAGAUUCAGGUACAGGUUGCAAAACUCCCACAAGUGGUCCAGCAACAGGCUACUGUUGCCAACAUUCAGCAGAUGGUUUCAGUUUCCCAACAGGUACAAGCUCAGCCCCAAACCGUGACCCUUUCUCAGACGACAGCAGGACAACAGCAGGUUCAGGUGAUCCCUGCAACCACUGCUACUGCUCAGGUGGUGCAGCAGAAGCUGAUCCAGCAGCAGGUUGUGACCACAGCAUCUCCCCAGGUUCAGGCUCCAGGUGUACAGAACCCAGCCCAGACACCAGCAACACCUGAAGCCCAGAGUCAGCAAGCAAAAGUACAGAUGAGGACGCCGACUGUCAGAUUAAAGGCACCUACUAAACCAAGUUGAACUAUUGCAAUAACAGAGAAACACAGUAUUUGUGUUUGCUGAGACAAGUGAGAAGCUACUCCAAACAUCCAAAUGAAGACAAAACACCUCUAUUUUUUUUUUUUUGUAGCAGAAGGUUUCUUGCUGGUGAACAUUUAAACAUGAAAACUCACAUGUAACUUCAGUAUAUUAGCAACUGUUUAGCACUCAAACUCUGUACAAGAUGCAUUCUGCCUGUGUUCUCUGUGCUCAUUUAAACCACAUAAAGCAAGCAUUACUUAGGUUGAAAUUCUGCCCAGCUUCUCAAAAGUGAAAUGGUGAUCUGCCAUAAAUGUCAGUAAAAUCCAUCUGUGUUAGAAUACCACACCUGCCUGUGGCCAUGUGCAGCUCCUUGCUGUAGUUCAGUGUGUGCUCAGUACCCACAGUGAAGGCACACAAAAGACCAGGUGUAGUUGAUACAGCACAGUAUUUUCCAUCUGUACAAAAGCUCUGUGUUGUUCUUCCCUGUGCUAAACACCCCUGGAAGAUCUAACACAGGCUUGAAGUGCUCCCUGCAAAGUUUAGCCAAUAAAUGUGAAAACCUGUAAGUAUAUGUAAUUAAAAAGAAAAAAAAAAAAGGUUUCAUUCUCCAUUUUUGUAAGUCUUUUAAAAUGUUUGUUAGUAGUUUUUGUGUACAGUUUACUGAAUCACCCAACCUGUGUGCUCAUUCUCGUAUUUCACUUUAAAAUAAUGGAUAUUUUAGGCAUGAGCUGAGUAAAUACUGUGUUGAUAGUAAAUGUGUAUUAAAGUGUAGCCCAUUUUUUUUUGUAAAAGAAUUGUUCAGUAGAUGCAGCUAAACAGAUGAUCCAUAGCUGUUUCUCUUGGGACUUCUGUCACAAAAAAUCUCCAGCUGAUAAAAUCUAAUCUCUCAGUUUCAUUCUGCUCUUGCAACAUGUUUAAAUGUUCAGUACUUUUUACACGGCUUUCAGCUUCGGGGGUGGGGGGCUGGGGGAAAGGGAGAAUAGUGAAAUUAAAUCUAAGACUUAAUUCUUCAACUGUGUAAAGAGUAAGAUCUAACUUUUGUACUAUUCUUUUACUAAAGCUAACAAUGAAUGUAUCUUCAGGUGGGUAUUUUGGAUGUGAAUAGAGCGUGGCCUCUUCCUCCAAAUCAGUUUGCCUUAUUGUUAUGGAGAAAAAAAAAAAGCAAAAAGCUGCAUAGAACUGUGGGGGGUUUCUUUACUUUUCUUGCAUACAAUGAAUAACAGACUUUGCAAACAGCACUGAGUAAGGAAUCAAAAAGCCCAUAGUGGCUUGAAGGGAUUUAUUUUACUUUGGCCAUAAAACUGCACAACAUGUAAAAUCCAGACAAAAUUACAACAUUCCUUUUCUGAGAUGGUUUUAAAAUUAUUUUUUCAUUCUGUGAUCUUUUUACUCUUUUAGGAAAGGAGCCUAUUUAAGGGCAAGGAAAGCAUAUAUUUUGUUUUUACCUCUGUAUGUCCACACUUGUUGGUACCUGGCAAUCCACAUGGCUUAAACAAGAAAGAAUUCUCAGCCAGCUCCUCUGUGUUAGUUGGGAUAGGUACAGCCAAUUCUGUUCAGAUCACAAAUGUAACAUUGGCUCAGGCAGUCUGAUUUUUUUAUUUUAUAACUCUUUUUUCCUGCAUACUUUUUUCUUGGACCCUCAGGUGUACAAAUACAAGGGCAUUUUGGGUUUUUUAAAGCUGUUUUUGCAUGCAGUAGUAUUCCCCUGACCCUGCUAACCCCUGGCGUGUGCCAUCCCCUAAACUUCACUGCCAGCCAGGGAGCUGGCACUGCUGACAGCAGAAUAGUUUAAAAUGCAAAGCAGAUGCAGUGGUAAUGGAUAGUGACACUGUGUACAGUAUAGCCUUGCUCAUCCAAAAAUAUUGCUUAGGUAGCCCCAGUUUUACUUUUAAGUGUUUAGCUUUUAUGAUGUGCAUGAAGGUCGGGGUGGGGGGGAACAGUUCCAGCAGUGGGAGAGCUGUUGGCUACGUCGUUGUGCUGGUCUGAUUUGGUGUCUAAAGAGGCGAUUGUUUCUUGUUUAGGUCAGUUGAUGAAGAUAAAAAGUCACCAUUAUUUUUUUUUCCUUCUAAUUAUUUUUUUUCUUCCUUUCGAUGUGUCUUUCUCCCAGGAGUGUGUUAGGAAGUCAACCUGUACAUAAGUGAUGAACAUUUGUACUCGCCCCAGUAGGAUGAUAAGGAAUAGUGCUGUAUCCUACCUGAAGGUGUAAUAAAGUGUACAUUUUUAUA